UCUAGGCCCUCCAAGAAGACUAACAAACGAAUCAUAUUCAACAACACUUGAUGGUGACGAAGCAAGUUUUGAAAUGAUCGCUUAUCCAGAUCCUGAUUCACUCAUCAUUAUUUCCAAUGGAUCUUCACUCAACGACACCAAUACCACAAAGCUGGAGACUAACAUUUCUGCUGAGUAUCAAUGCACUCGCGACAGUUUGCUUUUGUACAGGACUACCUGUCAUGUUAUUUUCAGAAGUAAAACAGUUUACAGUGCUGGUUUGUACACCGCCAUUUUCAGCAAUGUCUUUGGAAAUGUUUCUUUUACCUUCGAGGUCAAAGGAGAACUGCAUCCAGCAACAAAAUCAACAAAACCCUUAGGAGCCCCACAAAUAACAGAAGAGAAUAUAACAGUACCUGUCGUGGGAGGGGUUAUUGGUGGAGUCUGUUUUGUCGUGUUGGUUGUCGCUAUCAUCAUCUUAGUUGUCAGACGGAAAGGUACUAAUAAAAAGGAAACCCCACAGUUGACUGAAGCUAUAGAAGAAGAACAAAAUGAAGAAACAGAGACAGAUGUUGACAAGAGUCACUCACAGUCAACAACAACAAUAGACUCGACCGCACACGACGUGUACAGUGCUGUAGUCAAGAAAGGAGUAAAACCAACAGCUACAGACUCCACAGACUCGGCAGUUUCACCAACAAAUAAAGAUGUAAAAAGUAAUAAAGAAAAAGAGAAAUCGAAGAAAACAGCUGGAAAGGGCAAAAAGAAGGAAAAAGAGACCUUUUCAAAGUCUCCAAAGGGAGCGUCCGAGUAUGAAAUCUUUGGUUUUGAUGAAACACAAGGACAGAAAAUGAAAGGAGCAAAAGAAACCAAGCGUCGAAAAGAACAAAAUCUCAACUACACCAUUGUGGUGUUUGAUGACACUUUGAACACACCCACACCAACCCCAACAUCUGACAGAACAGUGUAUGCUGAAAUAGUUGGGGGAAAGGUGGCUAAAUUUUAAACGAAAGUUUAUGUGAUAAGAAUGAACUCCAAAAUGAUUGUUCUUUCUUUGACUGAACUGCAUUAUAAAUUUCUUUUAACGUGCUUAGCAUUUUUAUAAAUAUUUGUUCUGGACAUUAAAACAUGUCUUACAUCUACUUAUAUGUCACCUUGCUACAUUCAAAACAUUUUAUUUUGAAGUUAAAAAUAAUGUAAAAUAAGUUAAAUAGUUCUCUAACUUAAUUGAUAAGUAUACAAGUUUCAGGAUGAGUAUUGUAUAUACAAGUCAGCAUGUUGCGUCUGACAAACGAAUGUAAAAAAGAUGUAUGCUUUAGUUUUUUUGAUUUAGUUCCUUCCAUGAAACGCUUGCUUUAGAAGUUUGUUUUCGAUUAUUUUUAAUUUAAAACCGGUUUACUAAUUGACAAAUAAUUAUUUUUGUAAUUUUUUUUUGUAAUUUUUACUAUUUGAAAUUGAAAAGAG